GGGGGGUCCAUUUAUGGCUUCUGGAUCAUCACCGUUUGUGUCCUCCAAGGAGACGACUAAUUAUGCCAGGUUGUGCCGUCUUUUGGUGGACUUGGGAUCCAAAGCACUAAGAGACACUUUUGAUAAAAUACAUCCUCCAUCGACUCUUCAUGGAGUUUUAAUAAGUCAUAAACCUACACUCUGGGCACUUUACACUGGUUCUAAAGGAAAGAAGAAAGUGAAGAAAGUGCUUAAUCCUGCACAAUGGGGAAAGCUUUAUCCUGUUCAUUCACCUGUGACAUCAGCAAGCUUUGAUAUCACUCUUCUAACGGUGCUGCUUAGAAAUAUUUGUGGUCUCAGUUCUCCUGCCGCUGGUUGGGAUAGUCUCCCCAAAGCCACAGACACAAGCACCGCAGAUGACAUCGCCCGAGUAAAGUAUUACAGGAACACUGUAUACGGCCAUGCUAAUCAAGCCUCUGUUGAUGAUACAAGUUUCAACACUUACUGGCAGGAAAUCCGUGAAGCCCUGAUCAGAUUGGGAGGGACAAGCUUUAAGGGAUACAUCGACAAUCUUGAGCAUGAUACCAUGGAUCCUGCUAUGGAAGAGCAUUUUCGUGAACUCCUGAAACAAUGGGAGAAAGAUGACGACAGCAUCAAGGAGAAACUUGAAGAGAUAGAAGAAUCCAUCAGAGACCAAUUAGAGCAGAUGACAGGCCAAAUGAAGGAAAUGAAGGAAAUGAAGGAAAUGAAGGAAAGGCUGGACACCUUGAUGACCUCAUUAGAGGAGAUCAAAGAUGAAGAACGAAUUGUAGAUGACCUCAACAAGAUGAAAAUUGAAAUGGGAAGUAUCAGUGGUAAGCUGGAGGCUUUGACAGUAUUAAGACAAGAAAAAAAGCAUGAAGAAGAAAGCCUGAUGGACAAAUUAGAACAGAUGCAAAGUGAAAUGAAGGAAAUGAAGGAAACGCUGGACAUCAAAGAUGAAGGAAACCUGAAAGACGAGUUUGAGCACAUGAAAGACGAAAUAAUGAACCUUGGGGAAAGGUUGGAACACGUGAUCAUGAGAAUAUCAAGCAAACAAAGCGAGGAAGAAGAUCACUUUGAUCCCUCUCAGCUUAUUGACGGAAUUCGCCAACUCUACCGAACGCGCGAGGGAUGGCUGUCGCCAUUUCCUUGGUGUGAAGAAUUUCAGUUUCAUCUUGAUAAUAUUUAUACGAGGCUUAAAGUGAUCGGCAGGAAGAAACAAAGAGGAACAGCGACCGACGAAGUUGUCCGCAUGUCGGCUAUCUUUAAACCACACGAAGAAUGUCUAGUACCAAGAACAAUAUUGAUCGAGGGGAGGCCCGGUAUGGGGAAGACAACGUACUGCAAAAAGCUUGUUUACGACUGGGCAACAGGAAAGACACUGGCGAGCGAUUGUUUUCCAGAAUUCGAGACCGUGUUGUUGAUGAAAUGUCGAGACAUCAGGUCUGACAUUUGGGAGGCAAUUGAUGAUCAACUUUUGCCCCGAGAUAUCCAAGAAGACAUCAAAAAGAAAUUCUUCACGUUCAUUCGCAACAGUCAGUCAAGAGUUUUGCUGGUACUAGAUGGGCUGGAUGAGUUACCCGCCAGUAAACUGCAAGAAUUUUCAGAAAUAAUUGAGGGACGAGUACUUUCAAAAUGUCACUUAGUCGCUACAUCGCGUCAAGAGGCUGGAAUAAAGGUAAGAAAAUGCUGUGACACCCUACUAGAGAUCGAGGGAUUUACCGAAGAACAAGUAGAAAAGUUCAUCUACAAGUACUUCAAAAACAUGGAGGACUGCGCUCAAAAGCUCCUGUCCAAGCUAAGCAAUGAUAAAAUCCUAAAAGAGAUGACGGCAAAUCCUUUAAACACUGCACUUCUUUGCCUUUUGUGUGAAGAAUUUCAUGGCAUUUUUCCCGAAAGUAGAGCUCAACUGUACCUGGAAAUAACAGAGUUGGUCCUAAGGAGAUUCAGGAGAAAGAAUGGAUUACCAGAAACCAGUGAGAAACUGACCGAAGUAUACAAAGCGCAACUACAACUCCUUGGCCGGAUAGCUUUGAAUGCUUUGCUCGAAGGCAACCUUGACUUUGAAGAACGCAAGCUUGGAAAUUAUGCUCAUGAAUUGUCUGGAUUUGGAUUCCUGUCACUGCAACCCGGAGCCAGCAAAAUGAGACCGUGUCAUCACUACGCUUUUCUACACAAAAGUUUUCAAGAAUUUUUUGCUGGCUAUUAUCUUUGUUGUCAGCUUCUGAAUCAAGAAAUUACCCCUGAAAACGUGGUUUCUGAAGCGAAUUAUCUCAAUGAGCUGAAACAGGUGCUUUUGUUUUCAUGUGGUAUUCUAGCAGUGCAAAGCGAAGAAACAGCAUUGGAUCUUGUCGCAAAAAUAACAGCACAAGUCAACAAAGAUGGCGUCAGUACUGUGCCUAUUGCAUUGGAGUGCAUUGCCGAAUGUCAGGGAGGAAAAAGUAACCUUCAUGCAAAUCUGGCUCGAGUUUUUGGCUCAGGUCUUAAACUUCAAAAUGCUUCUAUCAGAACUAUACCUAGUGCUCAUGCUGUUUCUCUUACUGAGGCAAUUAAGGUCAACACAACACUGGUACAGUUGGAAUUGCAAGACAUUAUCAUGGAGGAUGCUGGUGCUGCUUUCCUUGCUGAGGCAAUUAAAGUCAACACAACACUAGCACAGUUAACUUUGAAGUGGAAUGCUAUUGGUGCUGCUGGUGCUGUUUUCCUAGCUGAGACAAUUAGAGCCAACACAACACUGACACAGCUGUGUUUGUGGGAGGAGUACAUUUAUGCUGCUGGCGCUGCUUCCCUUGCUGAGGCAAUUAAAGUCAACACCACACUGACACAGUUGGAUCUGCGGGAGACUUCAAUUGGUGAUGCUGGUGCUGCUUCCCUUGCCGAGGCGCUUAGAGUCAACACAACACUAGCAAAGUUGGGUUUGUAGUGGAACAAUAUUGGUGCCGCUGGCGCUGCUUCCCUUGCUGAGGCAAUUAAAGUCAACACAACGCUGGUGCAGCUGAGCUUGCAGUGGAAUAAGAUUGGUGAUGCUGGUGCUGCUUCCCUUGCAGAGGCAAUUAAAGUCAACAAAUCACUGGUGCAGUUGAGCUUGCAGUGGAAUAAGAUUGGUGCUGCUGGCGCUGCUUCCCUUGAUGAGGCAAUGAAAGUCAACACAACACUGACACAGCUGGGCGUGUGGGAGAAUGACACCGAUGCUGCUCGCACUGCCUCCCUUUUGGAGGCAUUAAACCUCACCACCAUACCAACACAGGUGGGUUUGUGGGGGAAUAACGCUGGUGCUGCUUGCGCUGACACAAAUCUGUUUCCGUGGCAAUUCAACAUUGGUGAUGCUGGCGCUACUUCCCUUGCUGAGGCAAUUAAAGUUGACGCAACACUGACUGAGCUGCUUUUGUGCAAGAAUAACAUAGGUGAUGCUGGUACUGCUUCCCUUGCUGAGGCAAUUAAAGUCAAUACAAGACUGACACAAUUGGAUUUGGAGGAGAAUAACAUUGGUGCUGCGGGCGCCGACUCUCUUGCACAAGCAAUUCAAGUCAACACGACACUGAGACAGUUGGAUUUGGGGUCAAAUAACGCUGGUGUUUCUGGCACUACGUUCCUUGCUGAGGCAAUUAAAGUCAACACCACACUGACACGGUUGGAUUUAUAUCAGAAUAACAUUGGGGCUGUGGGCGCUGCUUCCCUUGCCGAGGGAAUUAUAGUCAACACAACGCUAACACGCCUGGGUUUAUGCCAGAAUAACAUCGGAGAUGCCGGUGCUACUUCUCUUGCUGAGGCAAUUAAAGUCAACACAACACUAACACGGUUGGAUUUAUAUCAGAAUAACAUUGGGGCUGUUGGCGCUGCUUCCCUUGCUGAGGCAAUUAAAAUCAAUACAACACUGACACAGUUGGUUCUAGACCAGAAUAACAUUGGUGUUUCGGUUACUACAUUUCUUGCUGAGGCAAUUAAAGUCAACAAAACACUAACACAGUUGGAUUUGUGGGGAAAUAACUGCGGUGCUGCUGGCGCUGCUUUCCUCGCUGAGGGGAUUAAAGUCAACACAACACUAAUGCAGUUGAAACUGGCGUUCAAUGUCAUUGGUGAUGCUGGAGCUACUUCCCUUGCCGAGGCAAUUAAAGUCAACACGACACUAACUGAGUUGGAUUUGCAGAAGAAUAACAUUGGUGAUGCUGGUGCCGCUUCCCUUGCAGAGGCAAUUAAAGUCAACACAACACUAACUGGGUUGGAUUUGCAGAAUAAUAACAGUGGUGAUGCUGGUGCUGCGUCCCUUGCGGAGGCAAUUAAAGUCAACACAACACUAACUGAGUUGGAUUUGCAGAAGAAUAACAUUGGUGAUACUGGUGCUGUGUCUCUUGCCGAGGCAAUUAAAGUCAACACAUCACUGGUACAGUUGGACUUGGCAUGGAAUUAUAUUGGUGCUGCUGGCGAGGCUUCCCUUGCUGAAGCAGCAAAAGUCAACACAGCACUGAAACAGCUGGGUUUUUUUGAGAAUUACGCUGGUACUGCUAGUGUUACUUCCCUUGCCGAGUCAAUCAAAAGCAACACAACGCAGACUCAGCUGAAUCUGGUAGGGAAUAACAUUGGUGAUGUUGGCGCUACUUCUUUUGCCGAGGCAAUUAAAGUCAACACAACACUAACACAGUUGACUUUGAAAGACACUAACAUUGGUACUGCUGGCGCUGAUUCCAUCGCUGAGGCAAUUAAAGUCAACACAACACUGACACAGCUUGGUCUAUGGGAGAAUUACAUUGGUGAUGCCGGCGCUGCUUCUGUUGCUGAGGCAGUUAAGGUCAACACAACAUUGACAGAACUGCUUUUGUUGCAGGAUACCAUUGGUGAUGCUGGCACUACUUCCCUUGCUGAGGCAAUUAAAGUCAACACAACACUGACAGGGUUGACUUUACACCAAAAUACCGUUAGUGAUGCUGGUGCUGCUUCCCUUGCUGAAGCAAUUAAGGUCAACACAACUCUUAAAUGGCUGGACUUACACCAGAAUAACAUCGGUGCUGAUGGCGCUAUCUGCCUUGCUGAGGCAAUUAAAGUCAACAGAGCACUGACACACCUGGGUUUGCGGCAAAAUAACAUUGGUGCUGAUGGCGCUAUCUGCCUUGCUGAGGCAAUUAAAGUCAACAGAACACUGACACACCUGGGUUUGUCGCAAAAUAGCAUUGGUGAUUCUGGCGCUAUCUCCCUUGCUGAGGCAAUUAAAGUCAACACAACACUGACACAGCUGGGUUUGUGCCGGAAUUACAUCAGUGCUGCUGGUGCUACUUUCCUUGCUGGGGCAAUUACAUUCAACACAACACUGAUGGAGUUGGAUGUGGGCUUCAAUGGUUUUGGUGAUACUGGCGCUACUUCCCUUGCUGAGGCAAUUAAAGUCAACAAAACACUAACACAGUUGGGUUUGUGGCAGAAUGACGUUGGUGAUGCUGGUGCUGCUUCCCUUGCUGAGUCUAUUAAAGUCAAUACAACCCUGAUACAGUUAGAUUUGCAGGGAAAUAGAAUUGGUAGUACUGGCGCUACUUCCCUUGGUGAGGCGAUUAAAGUCAACAAAACACUGACACAGUUGGGUUUGUGGCAGAAUCAUAUUGGUGAUGCUGGCGCUACGUGGCUUGCUGAGGCAAUUGAAAUUAACGCAACACUGACACAGUUAAAUUUAGGGUAGAAUGGCAUUAGCGAGGCUGGUGC